AUGGAGGCAACCUUCGUCACGACAUCUUUCCUGGUCCAAGGACACGCCAAGCGAUGGGAGACGUUUCCCGCCGACAGUAUCUGCGUGAGCCAGAAUGGCUUGGUCUUCCGCGACAGAGCCACAACGGCAACCAUGCAUGCCAUAGCGUCGUCUGAUGCCGCGCAGCACCUGGUGGCCCUUGGUUUGAAGAACAGCGCGCGGAUCGAGUGGCGCGCGGACCCUCAGAGCCCACUGGCCUACAAAGUGGAGUUUGCCACCCCGUCUGAGUGCAAGGAGUUCCUUCAUGUUGCCGCGGACAUGUUCCCAACGGCUUAUGGCGCCACAGCCGCGGAGGCCAAAGCAGCGCGGAAGAAGCUUCGCUUUCACCAAGGGCAGCCCGUGUGCCAGGAUUCGCAGCUGGAGGACUCACAGCCAGAGUCACAGACGGCAUCGCAGUGGGUGCUUGGUUCGGAUGUUUAUGGGCCACCGAGCAGGGCUCCAUCAUGGCAGUUGACGAGCCAAAUCUCAAACCCAACGUCAGCGCAUUCCAGUGAAACACAGCACACAGCCACGACGAGCACAUGCAGCACAGUGUCACAACCGUUGGCAGCGGCAAGAGAACCGGCGUUGUCCGUUGGCCAAGCGCAGGUGCCAGCAAUUCAACAACAACAGCAACAACAGCAGCAGCAACAACAACAGCAGCAGCAGCAGCAGCAGCAGCAGCAGCAACAGCAGCAGCAGCAGCAGCAGCAAGUGCAGAGCAGCUCGGUGUCAGCACCAAACUCCAUGUCUUUGUUGUCUCAGACGCCAGACAGCAGCACACAAGAACCGGCUCAUACGACAAAUACACUGGGCGAGCUUGAACCCUCAUCUCUUGUGGAGGACACGCAGCUGGCUGAGUAUGAUGCGCGAGGAACGUGGUUUUCGCAGGAGUUACCACUGCAACACAGGCACCAGCAACAGCAAGCGCAACAGCAACAGCAGCGAGUGUCCGACGCCAACACAGCCACAAACACAUGUUCGGCACCAGGAGCGCAGCAAGUAGCACGGCCAACGGCAGCACCAGCGUUGCAACAAUCACAAACAGGGCUCACACCUCCACCAGCACAACAACAACAACAACAACAACAACAACAACAACAACAACAACAACAACAACAACAACAACAACAACAACAACAACAACAACAACAACAACAACAACAACAACAGCCACCGGCUGAGCAGGAGGAAUCUGAUGAUGAUGACUCCGACACGUCCACCCAGCCGGGAACGCCGUCACUGCUCAUGUGCGGUGGCGUCGACGAUGGUGUCGGGGAGCCUGCAUCAACAGCACCGACAACGUCAACAACAGCAACAUCAGCCACCAGCACGACUGCGCCGACUGAAGUAAUGCAGGCGUACACCACAGCAGCAGUUGAAGGCGCACUGGGUCGCACAAGUGAACCAGCAAGAGCUGUUCACAUCCGCGAGGAUACAUCCAGAAUUAGCCCAAGAUCACUCUCACGACAGCAACAGCAGCAGCAACAGCAGCAGCAGCAGCAGCAGCAGCAGCAACAACAACAACAACAACAACAACAACAACAACAACAACAACAACAACAACAACAACAACAACAACAGCAGCAGCAGCAGCAGCAGCAGCAGCAGCAGCAGCAGCAAUCAGGAUCGAGUCACGGCAACUCCAUCAGCACCAGCAACGCCACCGCGACCAACAGCGUCGAGCAAACCGAGGAGGGGCAGACGCAGGAGCAGCGAAGCACGGGCUGCGUCACGACGCCGCAGCAGCCGCUUGCAAGAGGUGGCAGCAAGCCAGCCACCAGGCGGUGCCCAGGACCAGCAAAGCACCACGGAAGAACACGACGAGCGGCAGCAGACGCAAACAGACGACAGUCCGCUGCAGCAGCGAAGAAGCUCCGGCGAAGCGCGCAAGCCCGCACGGACGAAGCAGCUACCGCCAACAGCACCAGCAGCAGCAACAAGGCUGACAGCAACAGUGAAGGUGGUGGCGAGGAGAGUGAAGCAACCGUGGCAAGUCAGCCAGCCAAGUGGCUGAUCAGUCAGCGUGGGGGCGGUCGCAGGGUGAAGAAACUGCUGCGGCCGGGCAGCCGGCAAAGCCGCCGCCUGCAGCAACAAGCAGUGAUGCAGUUGCAGCAGCUCCAGGAACUGCAAGCGCAAGAGGAGGAAGAGCGACAGCGUCAGAUGCAGCAAGAAGAGGAGAGACGACAACGCAUCGAACGUCGGCGACAACUGCAGCAGCAGCAGCAGCAACGAAAGAUGCGACAGGCACAGUCGGCAGCGGCGACAAGUGCGGCGAGAGAAAUGGAAAGCCAGCCAAGUCCUAGGACAGGCGCACACACAACGGGCAGAGCGGCCGCGCGCAACGACAGGCAGACACCCGCGCAAACCUCGAGCACCACAGCGACCGUAUCGACGCAAGCAGCACCGCCAACGGCGCAGGGAGCUUGCACAAGCACCGCUGCACCUGUCACAGCCACAACUGGAACACAGGCGAGGCCGGCGAGCACACCAGCACAAGUAGCAAGCAACAAGAGCAGCGGCAAGAGCAGCAGCAAGGGCACCACGACUACAGCAGGACCGACUGCCACGAUGACAACGAUAAAGCCGACAGCAGCAAUAGCAGCAUCAGCAGCAACGCCAGCAGCAAGAGGAACAACAGCAAGUUCCUCUGCAGGCACGACCAAGCCGAAGAAGCCAGCGGCAAGCCGUCGAACACGCGGGGUGCAGGUAGCGGUGAAGGCGCCGACACGCACAUAUGGCGUGCAGGCGACAGCGGGCAAGGCCGGGUUGCCCGAGGAUGGGCAUAUGGCGUGUGUGCGGGAGCAGGGUCAAAUGAUGAGUGAACUGCGUGGCGAGAUUGAAGGCAUUUACUCGGAGUGUACAGCAGGCGGCGGGUUUGAGGUUGGAGAAGAUGACAUGCAAGAGCUGCGCAAGUCAUGGAUGACGGUGCUGGCUGGUCCCACGUUCCCGCUGCUGGUGGACAUGUGCAGCAGGGUUGUGAACAAGGGUGAUGUUGGUGGUGGAGAUGCAGGUGAGAAGCACGUGGACAUGGAUGCUGUGACACGCUGGCUGGAGCAGAGCCUCAACGGCAUUAGCAGCACAGCCUCACUCGCAAAGCAAGCACGAAAGAGGCGGUGA